ACUAUAUUUAUCUAAUUGAAGUGGUCGGCAGACACAAUAAAUUACUAUAAAAAGCCCUCCGGUUCCACCAAGCUUGCAAAAGCCUUCACCAACCCAAAAACCCAAAAAGCAAAUAAGGAAUAAAACCACAGCCACAAUCCUCUUUCCAUCCUAUCUGACAUCAAAAACAGAGAAAAUAAGCCACACCUUCCCAUCCUCUUUCCUCACCAUGGCAAGAAUGCUACAACUUGUCCCUUUAAAUGACUUUGAUCCCUCACCUCUUCCCCUUCCCCUUCUCCUUACCCUCCUCGCUGCACUCUUUAUUCUCGCCAUCUUCUCCCUCAUUUCUGCCCUUUGUGCUUCCCAUUACCCCAAGUCACGCUCGCGUUCACCGCCACCAACAUCGAUAUCUUCAUCAGAAGAACAUGACGCAAAGGUAACAGUUUUUCCUGCAACACACGGGCCAAUCGGCCCGACCGACCCUCCCACCCCUACCAAGCACAUGACACCGCGGCGGAAGCUGUCCAUGAGCCUGAGCCUAAAACUCCCUGAAAGGUUGACAUGCGUGCGGACAGGGAGAAAAGAGGCUCAGGAGAAGGAGAAGACAAAUUCUGAAGAUUCGACGUGGAUGAAGGCCAUUAUUCUUGGAGGGAAAUGCAAGGUUCCUGAAAAUGGUGAGCGCGAAGAUGACGAAAUUAUUGUUUAUGACGAGAAUGGGAACAGGCAGAGGAUUUAUCAUCCCAGGACACCGAGAUCAACACCAGUGUCGAGAACAAACUCCUUCAUCAUCCCUUCUAGCCAUGUGAUUGUGUGAUCGAUCUGGUUCAUUAAAAAUCUUUUUUUUGUUAGAAAAAUGUUUUUUUUUUCCAGUUUUAGCUAAUUUCAAUGUAAAGUAUGGUAUGAUGUUAUAAGCAGUAGAGAGGAG